CAUGAAUUAGAUGCUUCAACUUCGCCGAAACGCUGGAAUUGAGCAAGUUAGCUUCAACAGUGUUUUACUGUUAGCUUUGGUCAGUGAGUGUCAAACAUGUGUUCCACUGCACGGAACCGAGUGGUUAUCAUUUGUGCUACAUCGACAUGUGUCACAUUUACGUUCACUGAUUGUAUCCAAAUUGCGUGCGGUGUUACUACCGCAGAUGGUUUGCGAGCACUCCCCUGCCCGUAGGUUGCUAAAGUUAGCAGACUAGCUAGCUUUGCCAGCUCUCCAACAGCCGAGGUAUUUCGUUCGUCCUACCUGAGGGUCAAUGUUCGCGGCAGACAUAAUUCAUGAAGUAAGUCCCUGGGUUUUUUCACCGAGCCUGACCUGGUGAGUGGAUUUCAAGCUCCGUGAUCUGAAAGCAAGUUCACAGCCCACAAGCUGUACUUCACAGCUCCAGUUAGCAAUGUGGCUAGCAGUUCCGCUUAGCGUGUAGUAGCCAGUAGCUCAGCUGUAUCGCCUCCGCUAUGCGCCUUUGCAAACUUGGCCGAAGACUGUCCAAAAUAAGUCCUUUGGGUUGUUUUCAAGCAAAGAUUACGGGUCACUGAAUGGCUGUCUUGGAACUGGAAUGUGUUUUUCCUCUUUGCUUUUUACUUUGGCGAUUUAAAUCCAGUAAGAGAGAGCCCUCUUCAGUUACGCUUAAACCCAGUACACUUCCCCAAUGGCUGCUCCAUCCGGGCUUUGAGACACGGCUGCAGUUCCCCUUGUCACCACUAGGGGCUAAACUUUACCUAUGACUUGGCAUACAUAAAUUCAUACACGCUGACGUAUUAUCAGCUGUUCUGUGUUCACCUUCCAUUGUAAAUGGGUAGAAAAAGCAAAACAUAUUUCCUUAGAAUAUAUCAGUCCUAUAUCAAUUCAUUACAUCUAUCAGUUUCAUGGCCUGCAACAUGUUCCAGUAGUUUCUUAUUAACUGUACAAUUGGUGGACGGAGUUUCCAUCCAUACAUUUUCUAUUGGAAAAUGUAGAAUGUAUUUGUUUGUUUCCUAUCAAUUUCCCUCUUGAGAUCUAUUUUUGGGGGCACUUGAAGGCAAUAAUGCAUCUCAAGAAAAGUAUCACCAUUACAAUUUAACUGUCAUACUUUAACUGUCAAAACAAUCAUAUAGAUUAUAUUAUAUAAAUAAAACAGUUGUCCAACAUGAAUGAUUAUUUUUCCUGUUUAUGGAAACUUACGGUUCACUCUGUAUUCCAAUUUAGUGAAGGGAAAGGUAUUUGGUUUGGCCCAAACCAAAGUGUAAACCAAGGAUAAAAAGAAGAUAUAUAUGAAGUAGUAGUAGUAGUAGCAGAUUUAUUUAAUUAUUAUAAUAAAUGGCAGUUACUUUUUGUCCACAAUUAAGUGUAUGUUCUUAUUUUUGGAUUGUUUACAAAUACUUAGUGUAUGCCAUACAAAAUGAGACAAUUAAAACUCCAUCCAAUCAUUUUCUAUGCCGCUUAUCCUCAAUAGCGUCACAGGACAAUUCAAUCUCGAUAUAUAAAAUACAUGUUGGGUGUAAAGCCGUAUAAUAUUAUUUCUGCGGUAGGUGUUCCAUAGGUCUCAUGUCAUUCACAAAGUGGUCCAAGAUUCAUCAAAAGUUGAGAACCUCUAUAAAGUUGUCCAUGGUUUGUCUUUGUCCGAGAGGAGGAGCACCAUGGUUAUGGUUAGUCAAUUGUUGAGUGAGGGACCAAUGAGCAACAUUCCAGCACUGGGUGUUUUUUCCAGAAUGUAGUUUCCCGUAGGCCACCAUCCAGGCCCCCACACCACACCGUAUUUGAAGCGGUGUGUGCUUCAUUUGCUUUCGGUGUGUGCUCCGCUAUGGACCGUAGAAGGGAUGCCCGGCACAGCACAAACACAGACAGGAAUCCCUUCACGCUCGGGAAUGCCAGAUGACAGAAGCACCAUGCUGUACAUCCUCGAGGAACCUCAGAUGCGUGGAGAAGGCGAGAGGCUUCGAACAUUUCAAACCUGGCCAACAGAUGCUCCGGUCACAUCCGGAGAUCUGGCAAAGGCGGGAUUCUUCUUUUUAGGUCAAGGAGAUAAAGUCCAGUGUUUCUGCUGCGGCGGGGUUCUAAGAUGUUGGGUACACGGGGACAGCCCCACCGCCGAGCACAAGAGGCAUUUCCCCACUUGCAGCUUCAUACGAGGCCGAGCUGUGGGAAACAUUCCACUGCAAGGUGGCUUCUCGGACUCUGUGGACGGACAGCUUUUGAGCCAACUCCAGAGGAUGACCAUGGACGACCAGGGAACGGCAGGACAAGCGGUUUACCCCGAGAUGGAAGCAGAGGACUCCAGACUCACGACCUUCCACAACUGGCCCACGGAGGCUUCAGUCCAGCCGGACGUUCUUGCCAGAGCUGGAUUUUUCUACACAGGUCACGGCGACAACGUCAAGUGCUUCUACUGUGAUGGAGGUCUGAGGAACUGGGAGCCCGGAGAUGACCCUUGGCAGGAGCACGCCAAGUGGUUCCCACGUUGUGAGUUUCUAAUCCAGUCAAGAGGGCAGGAAUAUAUUAGCAACAUCCAGGAUGCUCACUUUCAUCUGGGAGACACUCUGCCUGCGGGUGGCUCACAGACGUCCACGGGGAGAGAGGUUGGCUCCAGAAAUGAUCUGGUGGGGAGUUUGGCAACGUCGUCAGCCAUGCUCUCCCCUGUGGUGCAGACAGUGCUCCAGAUGGGCUUUGAAGCCAGCCUGGUAGAGAGUCUAGUCCAGACCAAGUACCUUUUGACAGGCCAACACUACUUUCAUGUGUCUGAUCUGGUCAGUGAUGUGCUGCAGGCGGAAGAGGAGGACAGGCAGAGCAGAGAGCCCGGUGAGGGUCAAGGCACGGGUGCUGGUAUUGUGGGGACCCUAACGCCUCUGAGAGAGAAAGUUCCAUCAGGGAGGGAGCCCAGUCCCGAGGAGCUUCUGAGGCAGCUGCAGGAGGAGAGGACCUGCAAGGUGUGCAUGGACAAGCUGGUGUCCAUCGUCUUCAUCCCCUGCGGUCAUCUGGUGGUGUGUGGCGACUGCGCCGCCAGCCUGCGCCAUUGCCCCAUCUGCAGAGCCAUCAUCAGAGGCAGCGUCCGUGCCUUCAUGUCCUGAGAGUGCGGAGGUGGGGUUCCAUCCACUUCCUGCAUCAAAGACUUUGACUUUUUCUCUUUUGGUUUUCCUUUGAGGGUUGCAGGUUUUGGCAACAUUUACUAAAUAUUAUCUAUGCUAAACUAUAUGGAGUUUGACAGCAGAUCAGUGAAAUAAUUGCUUUAUUGAGCACAGUUCUGGAAAAGGAAUAUACACAGAUCACAUAUUGGGAACACUGGGCACCAAAUGGAACACUUUUUAUACGAAGAAAAAGAAAUAUGAACAUAGAUGUGCCAUCGUUUUCAGUGGAAGAGUUUUAAACUAUUCCAGGGAUGCUAUUUUGAGACUUGGUAACAUUUCUUUCAUACUGAGUAUUAUUGUCAACUGGGUGUCGGUUCAAAACCACCUUUGGAGACAUUAGGUUUGACCGCUCACAUCCAAUCCACUUCACCGUUUCAGACCACCUGGCAGUGAGAAUAUUACUGGAAUCUGACCAGCUAUUUAGAUGUAGAUACUAAAAAUAGACCAGAGCGCUUUAGUGGCCAAGAGAAAAAAAAGAUACUAAAAAGAGAAUAAGAAAAAAAUUGCAUUUCCUUUGCUAUUGCAUCUUAUUUUGAGAUGCAAUUUAUUCAAAAAACAACACUGAUUAAAAAAAAAAAAAUACAAAAAAACCUAUAAUCCUUGCAUAUGGACACUAUAAACACCAGAGGGCAGUAAGGCAACAGUGGAUUUGUUCAUUCAUUCAUUCAUUUUCUACCGCUUAUCCUCACCAGGGUCGCGGGCGUGCUGGAGCCUAUCCCAGCUGACUUCAGGCGAGAGGCGGCGUACACCCUGGACUGGUGGCCAGCCAAUCCCAGGGCACAUAUAGACAAACAACCAUUCACACUCACAUUCAUACCUAUGGACAAUUUGGAGUGGCUAAUUAACCUAGCAUGUUUUUGGAAUGUGGGAGGAAACCGGAGUACCCGGAGAAAACCCACGCAUGCACGGGGAGAACAUGCAAACUCCACACAGAGAUGGCCGAGGGUGGGAUUGAACCCUGGUCUCUGAGCUAACACAGUGGAUUUGUCUCCCCCUAAAAUGACUUUUAGCGUAUUUAACAUGACCAAUGAAAAGUGCUUUCCUUUGGGGAGGUAUGACCCAUGGGUCUCCAUGUUGGUGUGACAUCAUCAGAUCUAAGUAUGAUAUUUAACCAUUCAGUAGGCAUUACAGCUACAAGGAAGGGGGCCAUCAAGGGAUCCUGGCCCCCCACCACAACAACGACUAACAUUUUAUUUCCCUGUCAGUCUUGGAGCAGCACAUUGCUGACAAAACAGGCUUAAGACCCCGGACGCCAAGUGUUGACCUGGUAUUGGACAGUACUAAGGUGUAGCUAAUUGCUAAUUGAAUAUUAAUAUGAGGAGCUUGUAUAAUAAUUCCAUGCACAGCUUCCAGCACUAUGCCAAACACGGAAACCCGACACUUCAGUGACGAUGACUUGUGAGAAUUUGUGAAAAUCAUCACAAACUUAAGACGAUAGAAAUAAAACUAUGAAAACCUGCAUGCCAUAACUUGAGCGUUCUCAUUUCCU